CGCGCUGCGCGAGCGCAUGAGUCACGCCAGGACACAUUGAGUGUCGGCAAUCGACAUAUCUCGGACCCACGCAUCAUCACGCAGCGUGUCGCAUCGUAGAGCUGGCCCACACUUGAGUACACAUAGCGUGCUCUCAACUCAUGUCAGCGCUGGAACAACGCAACAAAAAGCAGCGCGCCGCGCCACCGCAGCGAGACAAAAGAAAUGCGGGAGAAGACACGCUCGACGACGACGACGAGGACGCCGCGACGACGCCGGCGCUCGCCGUCGAGCUCCGGACGGACGGCUACCGCGUCGCCGCGCUGCUACAGCCAGCACCGCCCGUCGAGGUGAAACGCGCCCGCGGCGCCGCAAAACCGCAGAAACCACCGCCG